UCCACACGCCCCAGAAAAAAUCACCAACAUCGCAUCACUCGAUCUCACUAAUCCUUUCUCUUCUCAGUUCUCUCGUUAGUAUUCUUCCAAUCUCCGUCGAUCACCACUAACACCACCAUGUCGUGGCUCCUCCGAUCCACCAAGUCAAAACUCCUCUCUUCCUCAUCUUCACUUUCUAGAACCUUCCCCUCUCUCUCACGCUCCGGCCCCACACUUGACCUCCCUCAGAUCGGAGCCAUCUCUCCCCUCCCCGAUCUCUUCCACCGCAGCACCGCUACCAUGCCUUUCGCGAAGGAAAACGCUUCCGGUGGAAACUUGGCCGGUCUUCCCAAAGUUCCUGCGAAUACGCUUGGCAGUGACUCUAAUGCGAUCAAUUCUCCGAGGUACAAAGCUUCUGGACUGGACACGAAUGUGCUGGCUGGAGCUAGAUGUGUCUCUGGAGUUUGGGCUGCACAGGGUCCAAUGCGAUUGGUAGUCAAUACCGUGAUGGCUAGAAGUUUUGAGAGAAGUAUGGAAGCUGGCACAUUGGGAAUGAUUGGUCAUAAACGUUUUAUGAGUGACAUCCCAAGUAAAACCAGUGAGACAAACCUAUCUGGUUUUCGUCCGCUAUCUCCUCAUCUUCCUCUUUAUCAGCCCCAACUUUCUUCGACCCUCUCAAUUUUCAAUAGAAUUGCUGGAGCUUUCCUAGCCGGUGUCAUUUUGCUUUUUUAUAUGAUCUAUAUGAAAUUGGGUUUGGUUAGCCUCACCUAUGACUCUUUCUACCAGUUCAUAUUUUAUUCAUCAAAACUCAACCUGCUUGUCAUGGAGAUUUCUGCCUUAGCCGUGUCCUAUCAUCUGUAUAGUGCAAUUCGUCAUUUAUUCUUAUGAUUAGAAUCAACAAUUGACACCUGAACUGUACGUUUGAACCUGAGGUGGAACUUUGCAUAAUUCGACCUUGGAGGCAUGCAUCCAUAUGUCUGUCAGUCAUAAGGAACUUCAUUAAGAAAUGUGAAUUUGCUUUAUUGUAGUUAUGUAUUAUUGACUUAAUAAUUACAAUUCUGGCACAACUUUCUGUUUAGUGCUGAGCAUAACUGCAUCUAUUUUGCACCUGACACUUGGUCAUGCUUUUUUGCAGCCCUCUCAAAUUGCUGUAAGUAAAUGUUGCAUUUAAUAAAUGCAUUUGAGUUUUGGUGACUCUUGAAAUGCAUUAUCCCUUGUACGAUGCAA